CGCUCCGCCCCUGGCGCGCCGCGCCUGGUGGGGGCCGGGGAGCGGAGGAAGCACCGGUGGCGCCGGCCCCGGCGUUGCCCUUAGUCCCGUCCGGCGGCGCCGAUCCCUGGCCCGGGCCCCUCCUGCCCGCGGCAAAGGGGUUUUUUUUUGUUGUCCCGCUCCCGAGGCGCUUCCCAUCAUCCCUCGCGGCAUGGCGGCGGCCGCCCGGCGUCCCGACCCAAGAUGGCGCCCGUGUGCGUGACGGACGGGGCAGUGCUUUAGUCCCUUUUUAAGUAUAUACCUAUUUUUUUUCAAGCAACGCGUCCGACCCGCAGGCGGGCAGCGGCAGAGGUGAGGAGCAGGCGUUAGAAACGGAAAUAAAACCGUUUCUCUCCCGUUCCGUUUGCAACGGUCAGUGGGUGACGCCACAGCUCCGCCCCCAGGAGCCCGGCACGAGGAAGCGUGAGGUCCGCGCUGAGGGGAGGCGGCGCGGGGUGUGCGGCCGCGCUGCAGGGCCGGGUUGACCUGGUGUCCGCGCUGAGGCGAGGCCGACGUGGGUGCGUGUGGCCUUACUGUGGGGCUGGCGGGAGCAUGGCGGAGGACAUCGACCGGUGCGACCCCGGCCGCGUCGCGGCUCCUCUGCUGGCUGCUACAGAUGGAGCUGAAGUGGAGGGCAAGGAAGAUGGAGGCGGGGGUGACCCCGCGGAGAGUCCCGCGGGCUGCCCCGACGUGUACAGAUAUAUUAAGGGAGACUUGUUCACGUCCGAGAUCUAUAAAUUAGAAAUACAAAACCUUCCCAAGUACAUCGGGUUUAACGAUGUGAAAAAGUUCCUUGCCAAAUACGGACUCAGUCCUCACAAGAUAAAACUUUUCGGGAAGCAGACGUUUGCGUUUGUAACGUUCAAGAGUGAGGAGGAGAGGGACCAGGCCAUGAAAGUCCUGCACGGGGUGUUGUGGAAGAGCCGGCACCUCAGUGUCAGGCUUGCCAAGCCCAAAGCUGACCCGAUCGCCAAGAAAAGGAAGAAGGAAGAGGAGAUGGAGCAGGGAGAGGUGAAGCGUCCGGCUCCCUUCAAAGCCAGCGGAGAGGAGCCCCUGAGCAAGCAAAUAGCAGAUGUCGUGACCCCGCUGUGGAACGUGCCCUACGAAGAGCAGCUGGCCAGAAAGAAGCAGGAAUGCGAACAAGUGCUGCAGAAGCUGACAAAGGAAAUAGGAAAUAACAACAGAGCUUUGUUACCUUGGUUGUUCCUGCAGAAGCAGAAGUAUAAUAAAUUGUGUUGCCCAGUAGAGGGAGUGAAAGCAUCACCGUUACAGACUGAAUAUCGCAACAAAUGUGAGUUCUUGAUUGGGAUUGGUGUAAAUCAAGAAGACAAAACUGUGGGUUGUCGUCUUGGCAAAUAUAAGGGUGGUACAUGUGCUGUAGUGGAGCCAUUUGAUACUAUUCACAUUCCUGCUAUUGCCAAAAAAGUAGUAAAAGUUUUCCAAGACUACAUAAGGUCAACUCCUUACUCAGUUUACAGCCCGGAAACCUAUGAAGGUCACUGGAAACAGCUCACAGUCCGUACCAGCAGGAAUGGCCACAUCAUGGCAAUUGUUUAUUUUAAUCCUCAGAAAUUAAGUAAAGAAGAGCUGGCUGACCUGAAAAUCUCUCUGGCAAAAUACUUCACAGAAGGGAUGGGAAAGAGCAGUGGUGUUACUUCUCUCUACUUUGUGGAGGAAGGACAAAGGAAAUCUCCCAAUCUCGAAGACUUGCCUUUGGAGCACAUGGCUGGUGACAAGUACAUAUAUGAAGAACUUCUUGGCCUAAAAUUUAGAAUUUCUCCUCAUGCGUUUUUUCAAGUAAACACACAAGCUGCAGAAGUGUUGUACACUGCCAUCAGAGAGUGGGCACAACUGAGCCAGGAGAGCACCGUGCUUGACAUUUGCUGUGGUACAGGAACCAUUGGGAUUUCUUUGGCAAAGCAAGUAAAGAAAGUGAUUGGAAUUGAACUCUGCCAAGAAGCUGUACAGGACGCCAAAGUGAACGCCCAGAUCAAUGAACUGAAUAAUAUUGAAUUUCAUUGUGGGAAGGCUGAAGAUAUUGUUCCUUCCCUAGUUAACAUAUUAGCUCCUCAGAAUCCCAUUACCAUUGUGGAUCCGCCACGAGCAGGGCUGCAUUCCAAAGUAAUUCUUGCCAUUCGAAGAGCUGAACACCUGAAGAAGCUUAUCUACGUAUCCUGCAAUCCCAGAGCCGCAAUGAAUAACUUUGUGGACCUUUGCCGGGCCCCUUCCAACAGGGUGCGAGGAGCCUCCUUCCGCCCCAUUAAAGCGCUGGCUGUGGAUCUCUUCCCUCAGACCAAGCACUGCGAGCUACUGAUACUCUUCGAAAGGGCUGACUAUGCAAAUGGGAGCUCUGCUGAAGCAGCACCUGCUGCUGCUCAGGCCACAUUGUCAGGACACAACUCUGAGCGCUCGGAUGGCACCAACCCAUCGAACACUGAUGCAAGCCAGGCAACUUCUGUAUGUUUCGAUCCUGCACUUGAGGAGAGGGAAUCAGCUUAACUCCUGAGAGAGACUUGCCAGAAACUACUUUUGCUUGUUAACAGCUUCAGUACCGUUGUUUCUGUAACAUCCAGGUAAUAAAUCUGCACAACAGAGUAACUGCAAGGCUUCAGAGUUAUUUCAUCAUACCAGUCUCAAUUAAAUUUCAUCAUGUACUGUUAGGCCAAAUCCUGCUUUCCUCCUCCUGCCCUCAGGGAGAAAGCCAAGUGAGUGAAGUAACAUCUGGUGGUCUUGCUCUUGAACCACUUGAAACAGCUUCAAAUUGAGUAUGCCAUGACUAUAUUCAGAUACUGUUUGAAACCUGGGCUGAUUGUUAAUGCACCACCCCUUCCAGUGCAAGUAUAAUACAUCACAGUGUGUUAGUGAAUAGCAGCUGUAUAUCAACAACUAAAGGACUAAAGAAGCAAGGAGGACCUGCCAACCAAGGGAACACAGUACUGAAUUCCCACAGCAAGUGAUCUAGUCACAGGGACGUGUAACUGCCAGUACUAACUCCUUUCAGCUCUCAGUCUGUCCAACAGCACCAGGCCUGU